AUGGCUUUAGGCGACACCAUAGUAGUGGAGUCUACUGAGUCACCGUUCAGUCAGCUGAUUCUUUCUGAGAUCUACAUCUGGCUCUGCACCAGCACCAGGAGAGGAGUGGAGAGGGAGGGACUUGCGGAGGAGUUCCCAGAUCUUGUGCCUUCACACUGGUUGUCAGCAUGGGUGAAGAGGGGCCUCCCAGUCUGGAGUACAUCAAGGCAAAGGACCUGUUCCCACAGAAGGAACUGGUCAAAGAGGAUGAGAGCCUACAGGUGCCAUUCUCCGUUCUCCAAGUUCACAGACUCAAUCAUCAAUAGCUACCAAAGUGUGGACAAUGAGAUAUCUGUUCCUCUCAGACUCAUAGAGAGUGUGGAGAGCAGAGACAUGUUCAAUCUUCACAUAAUUUGCAAAGACUCUAAAAUUGUACGAUGCAACUUUGCAACAUUCAAGCAGUGCCAGGAAUGGGUUAAGCGACUGAACCGUGCUAUCGCUCACCCUUCCCGUCUAGAGGAGUUGUUCGCUUUGGCCUUUCAUGCCUGGUGUCUGGGAGGAAGCGCUGAUGACGAGGACCAGCACCUUCAUCUAUGUCACCCAGGAGAUCAUGUGCGGCACAGAAUGGACAUGGAGGUCAGGAGGAUGGGCUUUGACACACAGAAUGUCUGGAGGGUGUCUGACAUCAACUGUAAUUACAAACUGUGCGCCAGUUACCCACAGAAGAUUCUUGUCCCAAUCUGGAUCACUGACAAAGAACUGGAGAAUAUAGCGUCCUUCCGGUCCUGGAAGAGAAUCCCGGUGGUGGUCUACAGGCAUCAAAGAAACGGGGCAGUGAUUGCACGUUGUAGCCAACCAGAGAUCAGCUGGUGGGGCUGGAGGAACACAGACGACGAGUACCUGGUCACGUCCAUCGCUAAAGCCUGUCAGAUGGACUCCGGCACCAAAAACAGCUGCAGCGGCGCUGGCUGCAGACGGGGAGACGACUCUUCAGAUAGUGAAUUUGACUCCUCUCUGACUGGAGGUUCCUGUGAAGACAAUGUAACGCCACACAAGCUGCUCAUUAUGGAUGCCCGCUCGUACACUGCUGCUGUGGCCAACAGAGCCAAAGGAGGAGGCUGCGAGUGUGAAGAGUACUAUCCCAACUGUGAAGUGGUGUUCAUGGGAAUGGCCAAUAUCCAUGCUAUUCGCAACAGCUUCCAGGCACUGAGGGCUGUGUGCAGUCAGAUCCCAGAAACACAUAUUUGGCUGUCAGCGUUGGAGAACACCCGUUGGCUCCAGCACCUCUCUGUGAUGCUCAAAACGGCGUGCAUGGUUUGUUCUGCGGUGGAGCGCGGCCGGCCCGUGCUGGUGCACUGCUCAGACGGAUGGGACCGCACUCCUCAGAUCGUUGCUCUGGCCAAGAUUCUGCUGGAUCCCCAUUACAGGACAUUGGAGGGAUUUCAGGUGCUUGUGGAGACAGAGUGGUUGGAUUUUGGGCAUAAAUUUGGAGAUCGCUGUGGUCAUCAGGAGAACGCAGACGAUGUGAGCGAGCAGUGUCCUGUCUUCCUUCAGUGGCUCGACUGCGUGCACCAGCUGCUUAAACAGUUUCCUUGUCUGUUUGAGUUCAAUGAGGCCUUCCUGGUUAAGCUUGUGCAGCAUACAUAUUCUUGUUUGUAUGGCACUUUUUUGUGCAACAACGCUCGAGAAAGGGAAGCAAAGAAUAUGUACAAACGCACCUGUUCAGUCUGGUCUCUGCUGCGGGUGGCAAACAAGAACUUUCAAAACUUUCUCUACGUCCCUUGUCAGGAUAUGGUGUUGCAGCCUGUCUUCCACACUCGGGCCUUGCAGCUCUGGACAGCUGUGUACCUGCCCACCUCCUCUCCCUGCACUGCUGUGGACGAUUCAAUGGAUCUCUAUCUUCCUCCUAAUGAUGGUGGAGAGGAGCUCACCUCCCGCUCUUUGGACAGACUUCCAAAGACGCGGUCAAUGGACAACUUGGUGACUGCUUUUGAGAAUGGAACACAUCUUACCCGCACUUCCAGUGAUCCCAAUCUCAAUAAGCAUUGUUCAGCUCUGCAGUCGUCUGCUGUUGGAGGGAGUUCUGACACCACUACACCGGACAGUGGCCUGGCCAAUGGUGAGGAGGAGGCGUAUGUGCCUAGCUCUACUGUCACUCCAGAGGAAGUCUCGCACGAGGAGACCUGUCUCACUACACAGCCACUGCCAUGUGCUCCCCUUCCUCCUGCUCCUGUUAUUGACAACUUUACAUCAUGUCCUGCUCCAAUCCUCCAGCAAACUAAACCAGAUGCUAAGCCAGUACCUAAGGCUCUGGAUAAAGAUCCUGCAACAUGCAGAACUAUCGACACCACUAUGCCACCUACGCAUCAGACCGAGCCAUGUUUAUCUUUACCUUGUGCACAAGACACUGAUAAAUCCCCAUCUAUACUCAAUGACCGCACCUAUGACAAUAAGGAACGCCACAAAAGCCUCUCACAUUCUUCUGAGCUGCUCCUUUUAAAGCGGCUUACUCCACUUCUUCCAAUGGAGGACUCAACGGAAACCCUGACUGGAGAAGGCGAGUUGCCGUCUCACUCCUCUGACAUCCGCAUUAAAAGUCUAGGUUACGCUGAGACUGAGACAAACCCAGAGCCUGGAACAGAUGAAGGUAAAGGCAGGAAGUCUACUCCUGUGACUCUGCCAGACCUGUCGCUGCAGGGGCCACACUGGGACAGUGUUCAGGGCUUUGUGCAGUCCUCCUCCGCCAGCCACGCAGGUGUCAGUCGCUCUCUGCAGUCCGCUGCCUUUCAGAGCCGCCGUGUUGCCAAUAACCUGUUGCGAUCGGCAGCAGUGGCCAAUGCUGUGCAGAGCUGCAGGAGAGAGGCUAACGUGACCACUUUCUCCCUGGGAGCACUUCCACUCUACAGCUCUCCCUCGUGCUCGCCCUCCCCAUCUCAGACUCCUGCGUACCUAGAUGAUGACGGCCUGCCUGUGCCAGUGGACGCGGUGCAGCAAAGACUCAGGCAGAUUGAGGCAAGUUACAAGCAGGAAGUGGAGGUGCUCAGGCAGCAGGUGCGGCAGCUGCAGAUGAGGCUGGAGAGUAAACGACAUAGCAGCCCCCCUUCUGAGCCAGACAUCGACUAUGACGACGAUAUUACCUGUCUGCGUGAGUCGGACACCAGUAAUGAGGAUGACUCCUUGUCCAGCCACAGUGAGGAUUGUCUGUCUGUGGGCAGCUGGGAUCGAGUGGAGCCCAAAGACACAGAGGUCACUCGGUGGGUUCCUGAUCACAUGGCCUCUCAUUGUUUUAACUGUGACUCUGAGUUCUGGAUGGCCAAGAGACGUCACCACUGCAGGAAUUGCGGCAAUGUGUUCUGUAAAGACUGUUGCCAUAUGAAGCUGCCCAUUCCGGACCAGCAGCUGUACGACCCAGUGCUGGUGUGCAGCAUCUGCCACGACCACCUGCUCCAGUGUCGGACCCGGGACAUCCGCAGCCAACAGCUCAAAAAGCCCAUUGCCACAGCCUCCAGUUGA